AUGGCAAAGCCCAAGAAGGGGAAAAAGGUAAAUAUAGAUGCACAUGGAACUAUUCUGAUACCAGUUCCUAAGUCUAUCCCGAACAGGGAACACCUACAAAGACUGAAUUAUCUUUACCAGCUGUCAACAUUCCAGACGAUGGAAAUUCAACAGGAUAAAGCAAAUUCACUGGCAAGAAUGUAUGCGAAGAAUCUAGAUCUCAUCCAGAAGAAGACCAAGUGCGGCCUAACGCCUGGAUUGAAACGAACCAUGUGCAAAAAAUGCCAUCGGACACUGAUACCAACGAAAACAGUGAAACAUCGCAUCGUGAAUAACAGCAGAAGAGGUUGUAAAUCAAAUGAUAUACUCAUGGCAGAAUGCGUAUGUGGCGCUGUGAAGAGAUUUCCGGUAGGACGAAAUCCAUCCUACGAAACUUACUGCGAAAGAGAUGGAAAUUUACAUCUCCUCAGCGCUGGGCGCGAGCGUUAA